AAGCCGCGAAGGCGGCCUUCCACACAUCUUCCAGCACCUGCGCGCGCGAACGCAUCUCACUCAGGCCCAGACGCUGGCUUCUCCCCGGGUCCCGAUCCUGCAUCCUCUCCCCGAGCCUCCGUUAGCGGGUGGGAAAGGACGUUGCCAUAGGUCGCUGAGGCCACCAUCUGCUCUCUUACUGGCCAAAGCCGAAAAAAGGUAGUCCUCCCAUUCGCUAGAGGGCAAACCCCAGCAAGCCUAUUGGCUGCGCCGUCCGCGGGCCUCGGUCCGCUUUGAGGCUGGCGGCGGCCGCGAGAGGAGGGCGGGCGGGAGGCUCGCUGUUGUCGUGGUUACGCGGAGGCACGUGUGCAGUCCCGGAAGCGGCGCGAGGAAGCAGCUCCGCGCGCGCCGCGGGAGGAGGCGCCGCCCGGUCCGCUCGUUGGGCCAUGGAGUCGUUGCCUGAACCCGCGUCCCGUUGUCUUUUGCUUCUCUCCCUGCUGCUGCUGCUGGCCCCGGAGCUGGGCCCAAGCCAGGCAGGAGCUGAGGAGAACGACUGGGUUCGACUGCCCAGCAAAUGCGAAGUGUGUAAAUAUGUUGCUGUGGAGCUGAAGUCAGCCUUUGAGGAAACCGGCAAGACCAAGGAGGUGAUUGGCACAGGCUAUGGCAUCCUGGACCGGAAGGCCUCUGGAGUCAAAUACACCAAGUCGGACUUGCGGUUAAUCGAAGUCACUGAGACCAUUUGCAAGAGGCUCCUGGAUUAUAGCCUGCACAAGGAGAGGACCGGCAGCAACCGAUUUGCCAAGGGCAUGUCAGAGACCUUUGAGACAUUACACAACCUGGUACACAAAGGGGUCAAGGUGGUGAUGGACAUCCCCUAUGAGCUGUGGAACGAGACUUCUGCAGAGGUGGCUGACCUCAAGAAGCAGUGCGACGUGCUGGUGGAAGAGUUUGAGGAGGUGAUCGAGGACUGGUACAGGAACCACCAAGAGGAGGACCUGACCGAAUUCCUCUGUGCCAACCACGUGCUGAAGGGAAAGGACACCAGUUGCCUGGCAGAGCAGUGGUCCGGCAAGAAGGGAGACACAGCUGCCCUGGGAGGGAAGAAGUCCAAGAAGAAGAGCAGCAGGGCCAAGGCAGCAGGUGGCAGGAGUAGCAGCAGCAAACAAAGGAAGGAGCUGGGUGGCCUUGAGGGAGAUCCUAGCCCCGAGGAGGAUGAGGGCAUCCAGAAGGCAUCUCCUCUCACACACAGCCCCCCUGAUGAGCUCUGAGCCCACCCAGCGUCUUCUGUCCUGAGACCCCUGAUUUUGAAGCUGAGGACUUGGGGGCAUGGCUUUGGCAGGCCAGGAUGACCCCGCAGGCUUCAGGCCCUCCUUGCCUUGGCUGUGCCCUUUUCUACCACACAAAGACACAAGCCCCUGGAAGAACUCAGAGCUGCCAUGGGCAGCCCACACCAGCCUUUCCCCUCCCCAGGCAUUUUUCUCCUGACAUGGGCUUCAGGCAGGCCUUGUGGUUUCAGGACUGCGAGGACUCCAGUAUGAACUCAGGAGGGGCAGGUGUCUGAGCCGGGCACCAGGACUGGAGCCCCUCUGGAGUCCAAGAGGAGGGCGCACUCACCUCCCUUCAGCCCUGCCCCGCAGGGAACUGAGACUGCAGCCCGCCAUAGCUCCUCUCUGCUCACCUCUCUGCUGAGGAGGGGGAGGCUAAAUCCACCCACUGUCGGGAACGCAAGUGUGGGGAGGGCCCAGGGUUGUCUUGGGGUGAGGGGGGGCAUGGGCCUAGGGUGAGGCCCAGUGCAGUGCAGUGACCUUCCGCUGCUCACUUGUGUCAUGGGCACCUGGCUGCCUGCCUGCCCUCCCUCUCUCCCUCUCCCCUCCCCCACAAGGCCUCCCAUUUGUUGUGUAAAGUGUGUUUACCCAGCCAG